CCAUGAAGAGGACUGUAUCUGUAUCCACUAAAAUUCCAAGGUUUAUUUCAAUUUUAAUAAUUAUUACUAUUGAAUAUUUAUUUUUCACAACAAUAAUUUACAAAUAUUGUCCUACAAUGUAACUUGGAUUGGAUCCAAUAGCUUCCUUAAAAAAGCAUAAAAAAAGACUUGAAACAGAAUUGCGUAAAACCCCAAUUCAAUAUUUGAUCUUUGGUAUCUUCGUCGCUGGCGGUUUCAACAUUCACAAAAGAUUACGCUCCUCUGCGGAAAGAUUCCCUUCAACGAAACACAGUGUCAGUUCAGGUUUAUUCUUUUUAAAUUCUUACAAAGAUUAAUGUAAAAAGCUGAUUCUACCAGUCUUAGGAUUUGAUGGGUGCUGUAUUUAGCAGAAAUAGUUCCAGGACAGGGGCAAUUGAGGUUUCGCCAAAUGAAAGUUGCAAGAGGCAGAGACUAUCCUCAAGCUUUUGUGAGGAAACCAAAAGAUUGAUUCCGAGUCUUCCUGAUGAGAUAUCACUUCAGAUUCUAGCUAGACUUCCUAGAAUUUACUACUUGUAUGUAAAAUUAGUGUCGCGGACUUGGAAAGCUGCUGUUAUGAGUUGUGAACUGUUUACUUUGCGAAAGGAAUUAGGAACAACUGAAGAAUGGUUGUAUUUGUUAACAAAAGUUGAUGAUGACAAGCUUUCGUGGUUAGCUUUGGACCCCUUGUCGAGAAGAUGGCAAAGGUUGCCACCACUGCCCAGUGUUGCUUUUCAAGAUGAAUCGAGGAAGGUUUUAUCAGCACUUCAGACGUGGAAUGUGGUGGGCUCAAGUAUCAAAAUUGCAGAUGUAAUAAGGGGCUGGUUUGGGAGAAAGGAUGCACUGGAAAGAAUGCCUUUUUGUGGGUGUGCUGUUGGGGCCGUUGAUGGUUGCCUCUAUAUGUUAGGGGGAUUCUCGAGAGCUAUAGCCUUGAGACGUGUCUGGCGAUAUGAUCCUCCUACGAAUUCCUGGAGUGAAGUCAGUCCAAUGUCAGUUGGUAGAGCCUAUUGUAAGACAGGUGUUAUAAACAACAAACUUUAUGUUGUUGGAGGGGUUACACUGGGCCAUGCUGGACUGAACCCACUCCAGUCUGCUGAAGUUUUUGAUCCUCGUACAGGUUUAUGGUCCCAGAUACCAAGUAUGCCAUUUGCAAAAGCUCAGGAGCUACCUACAGCCUUUCUGGCUGAUUUAUUGAAGCCCAUUGCUACUGGAAUGGCAUCAUAUAAAGGAAAAUUAUUUGUGCCUGAGAGUUUAUAUUUCUGGCCCUUUUUUGUUGAUAUUGGAGGAGAGAUUUAUGAUCCAGAGGAGAAUUCAUGGGAUGAAAUGCCAGUUGGGAUGGGUGAGGGUUGGCCUAUCAGACAGGCUGGAACAAAAUUGAGUGUCACAGUUGAGGGUGAGUUGUAUGCACUAGAUCCUUCUGGCGCACUUGAAAGUGCAAGGAUCAAAGUAUAUGAUUUCCAAGAUGAUACUUGGAAAGUUGUGGUUGGAAAUGUUCCUAUACUAGAUUUUACGAAUUCAGAGUCUCCUUAUCUACUUGCCGGUUUACAGAGAAAGCUUCAUGUGCUCACCAAAGAUGUCAAUCACAAUAUCGUAGUCCUGUGGGCUGAUGUACAGAAACAUUUAUCUUCCUUAUCAUCAGCUUCAUCAUUUUCAUUACAUGACUCUUUAAAUGAAUGUGCUGAAUCAGCUGCAGAAUCAAAAACAGACCCUUGGAAGGUCAUUGCAACAAGGAGUGCUAGAGCUACUGAGCUUGUUAGUUGUCAGACCCUCGAAAUUUGAUGCUAUUGUGCACAGGAAGCUUCACUUCUUCGAUGAUCCUUUAAAUGUUUUAUAAUUUUUUGAUCAAUACAUAAAUAGUUUGGUUGAAUAUGAUAGUUAUUUUAUUUUGAUGGCAUUUUGUGAUAGAAUGUUUUUAUCUUAGGUUUGGUGAUUGAAAUAUUAUUUACUGUGUAUCAUAACAGUAGUAAUCUUUGUUUUCAGCAUCUAUUUGUGGCAACUAUAUAAGA